CCCGAAAAUCGCGAUAACACCUACUAUAUAGGCACUUAUAAGGUGACAUAUCUAAUAUUGGUAAUCAUGAAGCAACUAAAUAGUAAUUAUGAAAACAAUAAACCCUGAGAUAACAGUAGGUGACAUAGCUAAUAUUGGUUCAUACCUGCUCAAAUGGAAGUAACUAGUUAGUAAUUAAGAAUAUAAGUGACUUCAUGACAUAAACCAGUUCAAUAACUUCAUUCUCUUCGCACCUUGGUAAGGUAGAUGCUGAUAGGGUUACUCGUUUGUAAAACUAUCGAGAUGGAUAAUGUGUUAUGUGUUUCUAAGUUUCAAUAGGUGAGGGAACCUGUGGGAUACUUUGAAUUUAUGAACCCUAUUAUUCGUCAUUGUUUCAAAUACCUCUAAGAAAAUAAGAACCUACACGUAAACCUCCGAGCGUAAGUGUAUCUCUCUAUAGGACCAACAACCCUGAAAACUUAAACUCGUGGGAACUCUGAUGUAAUGGUUGCAACUAUUAGUUGGAGGGCAAAGAACUCAUAUCUCUAAGAGAGUAAGACCUCGCAUGUACCUACCCAUGUGAUCAACAGGUGCAACUCGACAGUUGAUAGGUAGUAAAACCCCAUGAACUCAUCACCGGAUCAAAAAUGCUAAAAGUUGAAUAAGACUUGACUGUUAAGUAAUUCCAACAAAUAAAUAGAGGAGACUCAAAAAAUUUUAACCAUCGUUAACAUUCUGCAAUCAAAAAGUGUUUCAAGAAUCAUCGUCAUCAUCAUCAUGGUUUGGGGUCUAUUCCCCGUCGAUCCUCUUUCCGGUGAAGAUAAUUACUACAUUUUCAAACCUGGAACUUACAAAGUUGGCAGAAAAGGUUGCGAUGUGAUUGUCACAAAAGAUAAAGGGGUUUCUCGGGUUCAUGCAGAAAUAGUUGUUAAUACAAUGAACAUGUUAAAUCCUCUACAAAAUGUACGUCGUCAUUUGUCUUCCAGUGUACAGAUAAGAGAUUGCUCCAAGUAUGGAACAUUUGUGAGCAAGAAUAUUGGGUCCAAAAAAAAAGUUCAUGAGCUACCAAACAAAGAAACAGCAUUACAGGAUGGUGACCUUGUUUCUUUUGGCACUGGUAGUGCAACCUACAAGUUUUGCCACGUCCCCCUCAUUCUUUUCAUCUGUUCCUCAAAUCAAGUCGAUCGAUCUCUUGAGGAGAAAAUUUCGUCAAUUGGUGCUAGUAUUUCUCAUACCCUGAAUGAAGAAUGCACACAUGUGCUGGUAGAUCAACUCAUGCCCUUAAAGAAAGAUCUUGUUGAUGCAGCUGUGGCAAAAAAAUCAUGUGUUCUCAAAACUUGGCUUGAGUUCUUUGCAGAAAAGAACAUUAGCAAUGAAAUUCCCAGCUGUCAUUCCAGACAUAUCCCAACAGUGUCGGUGGAAGGAGUAUCUAUUAGAGUUGCUGACCCCAAAUCUCGUGAAAACUGUUUGAAAGGAUACACUUUUGUGUUGGAAUCUGUGCAUCUGUAUAAAUUUGGGGAUCAGCUAAAUUCUUUACUGGAAGUUGCUGGUGCUAAAACUAUUUUGUUUCAAGAAUUCUCUUCCCAUAGCCAAGGUUCAGAAUAUGGAGAUGAUAAUCGUAUGGUUUGUGUCAUCCCAGGAGGAGGAGCGGCAUGCAAACCCGAUUUCAAUAAAUUAUUAAGUUCCUUGCUAAAAGUCAAUGAGAUAGAUAUAAUAAAUGCUGCUCUCAGUGGAGAGCUAGAUCGGUCAAUUUUAAAAUCACCAUGCGUGCUUAUUUCAUCAUCAUGCUCUACCGACGAGACAAUUGUAGCAGAUUCAGAUACUGAAGUUGAAACAGCCACAUCACCCUAUGCAAGCGAGGCAUUAUGUGGUGGCAAUGAUGUAAAAACAGAAGAAUUAAAUGAUGAUUCUGGCAUUUCAGACAAGAGGAAAAAUGAAAGAGUGGAGGCUUCCUUAGAUGAUGUUUCUGCCAGUUUGCAUAAGAGAAAAAGUGAGAGAAUGGAGGCAUCCAUUGAUGACAUUUCUACCAAUUUGAAUGAAAUAAAACGUGCAAAAGCAGACAUAUCCCUGGAUGCUUCUGUCCGGUCUGAUACACAUACUACCAUCUUCAAGGAUGGCACUGGCGAUAUCAAAGUGAAGAAAGACAAAGUCGACGAUUAUGCAAAUGGAAAUUCAGAUGUUAUUUACAGCCAAAAUUUAAUUGUUCGAGAUAUAAACAAACUUACCAAUAGAAGUUCUGCACCAAACAGCAGCGUUCCAAAUUUCAAACGCUUUAGAAAGCCAGAAACUCAAUCUGGAAAUAGUUUCAGCAACCUCGUUCCAUUUGCAAAAUAUCCAUACAAGGAUUCUGACUAUGGAAAGGAUGAGACAGCUGAGUAUGUGAAGGAGGAGAAAAGGCGAAAGCAAAGAGAAGCUGUGGCUGAUGAUCUAUUUAAUAAUCAGAAGGCAAAAAAACGAGGCACUGCUGGUUCUAUUCACGGCAUUCUUACUAGAUGAAAGUGGACAUGUUGGCAUACUGUAGCAGAGGGCUUUCUGCUUGGACACUAACUUUGAACAUGCUACACACAUGUGUGUCCCCACUGCAGGUUAGUCGAGUCCCCCUGUUUGUGUUUUGAUCGAGAACGAGAACAGAAAGAAGUCGUUGGCCCUCUGUGGUGACACACUCCUGUUUCUUUGAGUGGGAGCUUGAAGGAUCCUCUUGUUUCCAUUGUAGGCGUACGGAGUAAACAAAUAGAACUCAUGUUUCAGGUUGGCUGACAUGUGAAGGUUUUUGGCACUGGAGUGUUAUAUAAAUGCAUUUGUACAAAUUAAAUUUGUUACACGAGUUAGCCAUCUGAUCUAAAAUUGAUGGUCGUUAUCGUGUAUAUUUGACUUUUUUUUUAAUGUGUAAUCUACACCGUUCAAUCUCUAUCUAAUUAAAGGUCGAGAUGCCAAACUGCGUGUUUAUUCAACAGCCCAUUCGGGUCCCUCGAAUUGGAAGCAACUGCAACAUUUUUCUA